ACUUACCUGUUAAUCGGGAAAGACGGAGGGAAAGAAAGAGACAAGAACACCAUUUUCCUCUCCACGCAAAAACGUUUCGACAAGAAACUCACCCACCCAAAAAGAAAAACGUUUCUAUUUCUGAAAUCUCGAUUCUUGAAGCUCCGUGUGCGGGAGCCGAGAAAACACGAUGCAGAAAAUGGCCCAGGAAUGGUUUACGCAGAGCGUUAGCGACGGCGCCGACGUCUCGGAGAAGCCCUCGUCUUCUUUGCUUGCGGAUUGGAACUCCUACGCGGCUUCGCAUUCCGACGAGAACUCCUCCUUGCCCCUUGGUUUCGAUCUGGAAGCCGCCGUUCGCUCCGCCAACGACACCGUCUCCGGCACCUUCUCCGUGGUUUCUAAGGGGGUAAGAGACAUACCCGGAAACUUGCAGUCAGCCACUAGUAGUGUUCCGUCGGGAAAAGCUCUCAUGUACUUUGGUCUUUUCCUGGCAACUGGGGUGUUUUUUGUCUUCCUUGCAUUUACCAUGUUCCUCCCUGUCAUGGUCAUUAUGCCUCAGAAAUUUGCUAUCUGCUUUACACUUGGUUGUGGCUUUAUUAUUGGGUCAUUCUUUGCUCUUAAGGGCCCAAAGAAUCAGCUCGCUCACAUGUCUUCAAAAGAGAGACUUCCUUUUACAUUGGGAUUUUUAGGCAGCAUGGUCGGUACCAUUUAUGUCUCCAUGGUGCUUCAUAGCUACAUUCUCUCUGUGCUCUUCUCUGUAAUACAGGUUCUUGCACUUGCAUACUAUGCGUUUUCAUACUUCCCCGGCGGAUCAGCGGGUUUGAAAUUUCUUUCAUCUACCCUAACCUCCACGGUACUGAAAUGUUUUGGGAGGUGACGUUGACCUCGUAUAUGUUUAUGUUUGUGGCCAUGUAUAUUUCUCACUCGAGUUGAGAUUUUUGCGGAUGUAGUUGUAACUUGGGAAGGCCUAAAACAAAUUGCUGAGUUGAUGCCCCUGAUAUAUUGAAUCAAUCCAGAUUUCUGUGUUUCUCUUUUAAGUCCUUGACCUUGUGCAAAAGAACAAUUCAUUGUUAUCUGCCAAAAGUGUUUUAGGUGAAUGAAACAAAAAUAUUGGAUAAUUGUCUGUAAAAUAUGGUGAAGAUGAUGGAUUCUUCCUAUGCUCUUAUAUGUAAUUUCCUCAUUUAAUAACAAGACUAAAAAUUGUCUCCGCUAAGUAGGGGAGUCAUUUACUUCAUCGUUUUCGUUG